GCGAGCUGCGAUUUCUUUCGACGAGUGGAGCCGCCAACGCACGGACAGUUUUGUUGCUGUGUAGAGCCACACGCCACAGCCAGUGACCAGUCACCGAGAUCACAGUAGUAACCGAGCCCAUCACCGUGAGCGGAAUCAGGGCGAGUUCAGGCAGUAAUUCCCAGUGACUCUUCAGCUGUGUCGUGUGGACUUCUACAAACAUCUGGUUUCUGCACACUUUGGGGGGAAAAAAUAUCAUUUAAUAUGUCUAACAACCAAGUCAGUCUCCCUGCUAAGCUCAUCAAUGGUGGAGUUGCUGGAUUGAUUGGAGUUACAUGUGUAUUUCCGAUUGACCUGGCCAAAACUAGGCUGCAGAACCAAAGGAAUGGGCAGCGAACCUAUACCAGCAUGAUGGACUGUCUAAUUAAGACCGUGCGAUCUGAAGGAUAUUUUGGAAUGUAUAGAGGUGCGGCUGUGAACCUUACAUUGGUAACACCUGAGAAGGCUAUUAAACUCGCUGCAAAUGACUUGUUUCGUACCUAUCUGUCAAAAAAUAGUAAGGGCUUAAAUAUAUCUGGAGAGAUGCUGGCUGGCUGUGGAGCAGGGCUCUGUCAGGUUGUUAUCACUACUCCUAUGGAGAUGCUGAAAAUCCAACUUCAAGAUGCUGGCAGAUUAGCAGCUCAGCAGAGAUUGAUACUGCCUUCCAGUUCAGCCACUAAAGUUGUAGCCACUAAUCCAGUUUUGAGUCGGGCUUACAAUGUUAGCCUUGCUGCUGCUACUAGACCGAUGUCUGCAACCCAGAUUGCCAAGGAUUUAUUUUACUCCCAAGGGUUCAGAGGACUGUACAAAGGACUAGGAGCCACUAUACUGAGGGACGUUCCAUUUUCUAUCAUCUAUUUUCCAUUGUUUGCCAAUCUGAACAAACUUGGGCAGAAUUCAGUGGAUGGGAAAGCUUCUUUUGUCCAUUCAUUUUUAUCUGGGUGCAUUGCUGGUUCUGUUGCAGCUGUGGCUGUCAAUCCAUGUGAUGUGAUCAAAACACGAUUCCAGUCACUACAUAGAGGAGCAAAUGAAGAAACAUACAGUGGAAUUGUGGACUGUGCUAGGAAAAUCUGGAAAAACGAGGGUCCUUCUUCAUUCCUGAAGGGAUCGGGCUGCCGGGCAUUAGUCAUUGCACCACUUUUCGGCAUUGCCCAAGUGAUUUACUUCGUGGGAGUUGGAGAAUUUGUCUUGGGUUUUUCACAUUUUGAAGUCUAUUGAUCUGUUGGCAUCCAUUCCUGAAGGACUACAUUGUACAAUGAAAAACACCAAGCAUGGAACCAAGACACUACUGCAGUUAUUGGAGGGUUCACUCAUGUUACCAUUAUUCAGAUUUAUAAAGUGGUUGUGUAUGUGUUGAGAGGAAGAGGAAUAUUGCUCAUCCACCUUGAGCUACUGCAGGAUGGUUGGUGUGGAAAGAAUGUCUUGGUGUUAUGAAAGUGGUUAAACUAAAGGGGCCAAACUUUGUUCCCUCUAUAGCUCCAUAUUCACUUUGCUACUUGUGGAAAAAUUGGAACUAAUCUAUGUACAGUUAACAAUAUUUAACACUUUUUAUACAUUUAUAUAUUGGUCACACAUUCUAAGCCCUUGUAUUGAGAUUUGAGCUCUUAAAAGUAAGCCCUUUUUUAAAGAUGGUUGUGGUAUUAAACUAAGUACUCCAAAUAAGCACCCAAGUAUAAGAAAAAUAACAACUGUAUUUGAAAGGUAUUGUGGGGAAACAGCCCAAGUUAUGACUUUGGCCACCCUAGUGAGAUCAUCACCCAUAUUGUGCCCUGAGAGCCAUUACUGUUGGCUUCACAACAAUUCACACUUCCUCACCUGAGGCUGUUGAAUGGAUUGCUGCCCUCUACAUCGCACUGAUUACUUCCCCACCCACACAUGUGGAGCUGGGGGAGACAUUCAAUAAGCACUUCUUGCAUUGACUGUAGGAAUGACCACUUAGAGAAAAUAAUCAAUUGUAUGUUUUCCCCCCAAGUGCUUUUGCAAGCUGCCAUUGUUCUAGAUCCAUGUUGAUCAUGAGCCAUGUUUCCUGUAAUUGGUUCAAUUAAGAUUUACCACUUUUAAUGUGUUAACAUACUGCAGUGGCACAUUAAAAUAGGUCAAUCAAGGCUAAGAUCCACUUCAUGUAGAACACUUCUCAUUGGCACUACAGUAGCAAAAGUGCUUAUGUGGUUAUACAACAUUAAAUAACUAGUCUGUGUUCAAGAUCAUUCUCAACUUGUUUAAGAAACAGUUUGAAACUGUCAGGUGACUUGCAUUCUUCCACUGAGGAAAGGACAGUGUCAAUCUUUGACAACUUAGUUUGUAACUGAUCCUUUACCUUAAUGUUUUUACUGUGAUAUUUAAAUGUCAUGAAACAAAUAAGCCUCUAAUUUUUAAUAUAAUGGUGCCUUUUAUGCCAUUUGAGCUGGUUACAACAAAUUAAUAAUACUGGGUCAGAGCACCAUUCUCAAAUUUUAAUUUGUACAUGGAAGUAAGACUGUUUACAAACAUUUUAAAUUUAACUGUAACAAUAAACCCAGAAUUUUGUAA